CUCAGCUCUUUCCCGCACUGAGCCGCUAUCCCCACACUCACCAAACCAGCUCUGUAGCCACCUCCCCCCCGCCGCCAUCUCCACGGAUACUGCCUCCGAGCCCCGCCCACAACUGCAAUCCCUGCUGUUUCCCUGUUUGAAUCUCUCUUUUAGCCGCCGCUUACUGUUUCCAGGGCAACGGCAUGGGCUUCAGCGUCCGCUGUUACCAUGCCAACCCAAAGAGCAGGUUUUUUUUGGCCCAAAGCAGGAGAUCAGAGAGAAGUAGAAGGCAGAGCAGAGCGGAGCACGGGAGAGCAGCUUGUGGGACACCAUGACCAACCAGGAGGGAUCUCUCAUGAAGCUGGAGGCUGUCAUCCAGCGCCUGGAGAACACAGUACUCAAUCCAGACAGUGCAGAUGAAGACCGAAUCUUGAGUGUUCGCAGUGGAGAAGGGGAGCGAGACACACUUACUCCUGUCCCAGCGCGCAUUCGCGAGAUCAUCACCCAGAAUCUGAGUGACGACUCUCCAUAUAGUUUCCCAGACAUAUCAACUGACAAAAGUCUAAAGGAGGAGAACAGAUCUCUGCAAGAUGAGUUGCUUCGCUUGAAAGACCUGAUGGCACUGACCCGUUCUGAGCGUGAUGACCUCACUAUCAAGAACCAUGCACUCAACGAGAAGCUGGAACAGAUGAUGAGGUCUGGAGAGAGUGAAACGGUUUCAGAACUGAGAAGACGCUUUCAGGAAGAGGAGACGGCUUAUAAACGUAAACUGUCUGCCUACCAGGAGGGGCAGCAGAGGCAAGCUCAGCUAGUGCAAAGAUUGCAGAAUAAGGUCUUGCAAUACAAGAGUAAGUGCGGAGAAUUGGAACAGAAGCUCCUUGAGAAAACCUCAGAGAGUGAGCAGCAGAGACUGUCAUUGCAGGUAAAGCUAGAUACAGUGGAGUCCACUUUGCACAGGUUGGAUCAGGAUCACAGCAUGGACCUCAAAAAUGCCUUGACCAGGCUGGAGGAGGAACAGCAGAGGAGCAGCAGCCUUGCACAAGUGAACAUGACCCUGAGAGAGCAGAUGGAUCAAUUAAAGCUAUCUAAUGACAACUUGACAGAAGACAUGAGACAUUUGACCUCUGAACUCCACAGAGCACAUGAGAACUUGGAGCAGCGGGAAUCAGAGUGGAGGAAAGAGAAAGAGAGUUAUACGUCUUACCUGAGCAGUGAACACAACAGUAUCCUGACUCUGUGGAGGCAGACCGCCACCUUGCGUAAUCAAUUCCUCGAUCUUCGAUCUAUGGCAGACAGGGGUCUUGGUGAGAUGAAGAACGAAAUUUCACGUAGUUCACGACGCAUGCACACAGCCUGUUUGAAUUUAGACUCCAACCUGCGUCUGUCUCAGAAUGCUGCCGGGGCUUCCCUUCAUACAGCCCGCCUUGAGCAGCAACUGCGAGACAAAGUUCGACAAAUGAUCCAAAUGCAGAGCCAGUGGGAUGCUGAGAAAGUGGAACAGAACUCCAGAUUGACAGAGUUGUCACUUAAAGUUGACAAGCUAAAAGAGGAUAACAGUAAGCUAGAGAAGGAGAAGCAAAAACUGGAGAGCAGUGGUUGUAACACCUGGCAAGAGCUGGAAGGUGUCAGAGAAGAAAGCGAGUCACUGCAACAUGCACUAAAUACCAUAACUCAGAUAUGUCAAGCAGAUAGUUUUUGCCCUGAUAUGGACAGUUCAGUGAGUGCCGGAGGUGAUGAACUUAGACGGGCUUCUUCUCCAUCUAGUAGGAGAUCUCCCAGUCGUGGCCGUUCCCCAUAUAGACAAGAUCCAGCUGCUAAAAUGGUUCAGAGUACACUGCACAGGCACCAGGAAAGAGAGAAGGAGCUUCUGUCUGAACUGACACUGGUGAGGCAGUCAGUGGAGGACACUAAGAAGCAACUGCUGGAGAGUCUACAGGAGGCUGAGAGGCGAGGAUUGGAGCUCAGGAGAGAUAAGGAUGAGAUCAGUAACUUGCUGGAGAAAGUGAAACAAGAAUCUCAGAGAUGUCAGGCCAGCCUGGACUCCCUGAACAGAGAGAAGGAAACUGUAGAGGAAUCCUUGCAGACAGCAAAGCAGCGGGCUGAGGCCUCACUCCUGGAUAUUGAAAGACUGAAGGCAGUGAAUGCAGAGUUGCUACGCCAGAGAGAUGUCCUGGAGGAGCAGAAGGAGGAGCUGAACAGGGAGAGAGAGCGUAACCAGAAAGAGCUGGAAAGAGGGCAGAGAACCCAAGAGAAGUUGGAAGAGAAGGUUUCAAUGUUGAAGAAAGAUCUGGUUACUUUCAGAGAGAAUCUAAGCCAAGCAAUGCUUGAAAGAGAUGUCCUGCAAGGAGAGAAGGAGUCUGUCACCAGUGCUCUUAGCAAGGCUGAAUCAAGCAGAGCAGAGCUGGAACUGGCACUAAACCAGAUGCGAAGUGAACAAGCGGGACUGAGCGAUUCUUUGGCCAAGAUGGGUGCUCUGAACGAAGGUUUAGCGCAAGAUAAAGUGGCUCUGAACCGUGUCAUCUUACAGCUAGAGGCCGAACGGGCUUCCCUGCAGGAGGACCGGCGUGUUAGUGAGGCCAGCUGUGCUGCUUUGAAGGAGCUUCGGGAAGCACUGGAGCUUGAGGUAUCCCAGCUACAGACAGAUAGAGCCAGACUGGAGCAGAGAUGCCGAGACACUGAAGAGAAGCUGCAGAAGGUGGAGGAGCAGCUUCACAGUGUGCACAGAGAAAGAGCAAAAGUAAAGGAACAGCUUGCACAGGCCAAUGCAUCAAUUCAGACAUUCCAAGAACAAUUACAAGAAACCCGGAGAGAGCUGGACAUACAGUCAGCAGCUUUGCAGCGUGCUGCUCAGCGCAUGGAAGACCUGACCAAUCAGAAUGCAGAGCUCGGUGUGCAGGUAGCAGCUCUGGAGGCUGAAAGGCUGGAACAGGAAGAUGAAGUGGAACAGCUUCGUGCACAAAAAGAAUCUCUGGAGAGCACCUUGUAUGAUACUCAGCGUCGCACAGCCCAGCUAGAAGAUCGCAGAGAACAACUUGAAGGAGAGAUUCAUACCCUUAUGCUAGCAAAACAAAACCUGCAAGCGGAAGCACAGCACCAGGCACUGGAAGCUGAGGAAGCUAUGGCAGAGCUGAGGCAGCAGAAGGUCAAGCUGGAGCUGCAUUUGGCACAGACAGAGCAGGCAGCACAGCUCUCUCUCGGUAAUCAGGCCCAGCAGCAUCAGGAUGCUAUAGAGCGACUCAAGAAAGAAAAGGAGUCUAUGCGUUUAGCUGUGAUGGCGGAGAAGCAGGAAGCAGUGCAGCGGAUGGAGAUGGAGAAAGAAGAACUUCUAUCUGAGCAUGAAAACAUAAAGCAGAAACUGAAUGCAGAGAUGGUACGCCUGCAGGAAGACAGAGAAGAGAGCCUGUACAGAGUGGAGAAUGAGAAGCAGAAAGCUUUACUCCAGAAGGAGACUGAGAAGAAUUCUCUAAGUGAGCGGCUGAUGCAGAUUCAAAGGGAGCUUUCUGACACUAGACUGGAGGCUGAGAGGUUUAGACGUGAGACUCAAGUCAAGCAAGAUCAGGACAAGGAACAGCUGGAUGGUGUUUCUUCAGAACUGAAAGCACUGCAGGCAGAGUUUGAGGAUGCUGUGUCAGCUCACGCAAAAGACAACAAAAGUCUUUGUGAGCGAGUCAAACAACUGAGCCAAGACAGGGAGAGCCUAAGCAAGGAGGUGGAAGAGCUGAGAACUCAGCUGCGUGUAGCAGAAGAUACCAGAGAUGGGUUGCGCAGAGACCUUAUCGAAGUUCAGCGCCUGCUGCGAGAGAUGGAAGAGACCUGUGAGGUGCAGAGGAAGGAAUCUCUAGAGUUGCGUCGUGAUUUUGGAGAUCUGACUCGAGAAAGGGAAACUCUACAGCAAUCCAAUACUGAGCUGAGAGCUUCCUUUAAGAAGACAGAAACAGAGAGGAGCAGCCUGCAGGUUGCAAUAGAGGAGAAACAGCAGCGAAUGGCUGUAUUGCAGGAGGCAAAAUCAUGUGUUGAUCGCGAAGCGGUACAACUGAGAACUAGCCUGCGAGAAGUGGAGAGAGCUCAUAUAGAGGCCCGCAGACAGCUCCAAGAGCUACGGAGACAGGUGAAGACCCUGGGUGGAGAAAGCAGCCAGAGAGAGCAAGAAGUGGCUGAUCUACAGGCACGGAUCCAGCAGGAAGAGCAUAAAGAGCAGCAGAGCCGCAGAGAGUCCCUGGAGCUGAGACAACGUAUUACAGAGAGCGAGGCAGAGAGAGAGGCUGCUCGUAGAGAGAUAUUGGCUCUGCAGCAGCGUCUCUCAGCUGUAGAAACUUCUUCUCGCCAGCGUGAAAAAGAACUUGAGCAGAGACUCAGCGAAAGCCGAGCAGGGGAGCAAAGGCUGCAGGAAGGAUGCAAGACACUGCAGGAGCAGCUACAGCGACUUACAAGUGAGGCUGCCGAUUUCAAGCUUAAGUUUGGAGCAUGUGAAACUCGAGUGCGAGCACUAGAAACUGAAAUGAACAGGAUCCAGACAGCACGCAGGGAUGCAGAAAAUCAAUUAAACAGCCUUUAUUCAGCAUUCAGGAACACUCUGGGCAUGAGGGGUCGCAGUCCAUCACCUCUUAGAACUGGCUCUCCCGGUAAAGGAUUUGCUGGGUCGGCUAGUACAUUUUUGGAUGGACGGAGAACGCCAGGCUCUCGCAGUGGCUCCCCAGAUCGCAGCCGCUCUCCAUACCCCGAGCUUGAACCUGAAACUGUGAAAGCGGCACUAAAGGACCUUGUGCAGGAACUGCGGGACACUCAGAGGGAGAGGGAUGGCACCGGGAUGUCUCUACAUAGACAGCUGGACGAUCGCACAGAUCAGUGUGAGCGAUUGCAGAGCCAACUUCAGAAACUGCAGAGACAGGUCACAGAGCUCCAAGAAGGCCAACAUGAGACAGAGGAACAGCUGGGCACAGCCAACACAGAAAUGCGAUUGCUGCAAGACAACCUGCGUCAGGUAGAGUUGGAACGCCAAACUGCUAUUGAACGUGCUUCAAAAUUGGAGCAUAGCCUACGUAUGUGUGACGAUGAGAAGAGGGAUUUCCAGGAACGACUGUGUCGGGCUCGCAGUUGUGAAAGCAGACAGGAGCUGGAAUGUAAGAGCCUAAGAGAAAUACUGGAAGCUUCAGAAAACCGCAGUACAGACCUGGAACUCAGGCGCCGCUCUCUGGAAGGGGAACUGGAGAGGACGCGGCUUUGCCUAGCAGAAAGAGAAGCAGAAGUUCUGGCUUUACAGGACCAAGCACAAGACUUACAGGAACAUUUGAAGGAGAGCGAAGACAGAGAGGCUGGCCUACAGAGAGAGGUGCAAAAGCUGAACCUGGCCUUGUCUAGGGCACAGGAUGGAGAAAGGCAUCUGCAGGAGAAAUCACAGGGGCUGACACAAGCUCUAGGAGAAGCAGCAACUGGCAGGGGUAACCUGCAGGAAGAUGUGAACAAAUUACAAGGAGCUCUGACAGCAGCUGAGCAAGACAGACGGGUCCUGCAGGAGCGCCUAGAUUCUGUCCGGCAAGCACUAAGUGACAGCAAGAGACAGAACAUGCGUCUCUCACAGACAGUGCAGGAGCAGCAGCAGCAGCUGGGGGACAUACAGCUGGCAUGCAGAGAGUUUCAGGCAAGAGCAGAAGAUCUGCAGCAGGCUCUCUUGAAGCAACAGCAGAGGGAGAAGGAUCAGGGCGUCAUGACCCUUGAGCUGCAGGAAAGGGUGAAGAUUCUGCAAGGUGACAAGACACAGUCUGCUAUUGACAAACAGGAUAUACAGCACUCUGCAGUCCUUUUGGAGAAAGGCAACAACAAUCUGAGAAAUGCAUUGGAAAAGGUAAAACGUGAGCAGCUGCGUUUGGAGGAGGAAGUACAACGCCUCAGCAUAGAGAAGGAACAAAUCAACCAGUUGGUGAUUUCCCUGAGAAAAGAUCUGGCAGAAUCACAAAGACAGAAUCAGUACCUGGAGGCCCAGAUGACAGAUCUGGAACGAGCUCAUUCUCAGAGACUGAUGGAAGUGAGUGUGAGACAUCGGCAGGAGCUGGACGCUGAGAGCGAGAGGCUUCGCACAGCUCAGCAACAGGCAGAGAUAACACUGGAGAACAGAGAGAGAGCACACAGGCAAAGGAUCAGAGGCCUGGAAGAACAGGUGAGCACUCUACAGGAACAGGCAGAACAGGAGUUGAAACGUAGACAACAAGCCUUACGUUCCGCCCAUUAGCCUGGCAGAGAAGAAUAUAUACCUGAAGUACUGAAGCUGUAUACGGAAGCUACCUGUAGCUAGAUGAGUUGUUGACAAUCUUGUGUAAAGAGGAAAGUCAAGAAAUCUAAAUGUAUUUUUGUUAUAUUUAUA